UUCUGACGUCAAGACGUACGGUUUGAGCAUGCUUACUACGCCCGAACAUAAACAAAGGACGUUUCCCCGCAUUCAAAUCUGACCCAGCUUCAAUUUUAUAUGCCAACAAAUCCGAAAACUUGAAAAGCUUCAUAGAGCUGGAACCAUGGAAAACGCCUUGCUGAUGCGAGUUAGUGUCUUUACUGACCAAGGAGGCCGGAAAUACAUGGAAGACGUGACUGAGGUCAUAGUGGAGCCCGAGCCGGGGGAAGAUGAGCCGACGCCGGGCGAGCAGGAGGCGGGUAAUGGGGGAGCUUUUACCGUCAGCACUACGGCUGUGGACUCGCAUCCAGACAUUAAAGAUGGAAAAGCGGAGACUGAGCAGCUUACAGAAUCAUCAAGUGAACGAGUUCGAACCGAAGAAAAAUACAUUUUUGAGGAAACCAUUUCACCGGGAAGCGUGUGUCCACCUCGAGAUCAACCCAGUACCUCCGGUCGCUCCCGCCGUUCCGUGGCGUUCUUCGCGGUGUUCGAUGGCCACGGGGGUAGCGAGGCUGCGCAGUUUGCACGAGACUGUUUAUGGGAAUACAUAAAGAAACAACGCGGGUUCUGGUCUGACAGUGACCGGGAGGUCUGCUCAGCUAUACGCAAAGGAUUUGUAGCCUGCCACCAUGCUAUGUGGAAGAAGCUACCUGAAUGGCCAAAAACUCUCACAGGGCUUCCUAGUACAUCAGGCACCACAGCCAGUGUUGUGGUGCUCAGAGGAAACCGCAUGUAUGUGGCUCAUGUCGGAGAUUCAGCCAUAGUUCUGGGUGUCCAGGAAGAUCCUUCAGUCCCAUUCAUCAAAGCUGUCGAAGUGACCCAGGACCACAAGCCUGAAUUACCCAAAGAGAGAGAACGUAUCGAAGGUCUUGGAGGGAGUGUGAUCAAGAAGUCAGGAGUGAACCGUGUGGUGUGGAAGAGGCCCAGACUCAGUCACAAUGGUCCAGUUCGUCGGAGCACCAUUAUUGACCAAAUACCUUUCUUGGCUGUUGCUCGAGCUUUAGGUGAUUUGUGGAGUUAUGACUUCUACAGCGGAGAGUUUGUGGUUUCUCCUGAGCCAGACACCAGUGUUGUGAUUCUUGACCCUCGAAAACACCGCUACAUCAUCCUGGGGAGUGAUGGUCUGUGGAAUAUGGUGCCACCUCAAGAGGCCAUCUCCAUGUGUCAGAAAAACGAUGAGGAAAUGGAACCAUGUGGCGUAUCAAGUGCCAGGCAGCUUGUAAGCCAUUCGUUGCUGCGGUGGCGCCAGCGAAUGUUACGUGCUGACAACACCAGCGCCAUUGUGAUUGCCCUGCUAGAACCUGGGGGGUCCAAAGAAACAUUCCACAAUGAAGAGGUGCUACUGGACCUGGCCAAAGUGUCCCAGUGUCCUCCUACAUCUAUAUCCCGUGCAGACACUCCACUACUACAGCAGCAACCUGCAGAUGAAGACUCUACUGCUGCCAUGUCUGAGCUGUUCCCUGCGCUGGAGCGACGGGAUGGACUAUCUGGAAGCAACAGUUUCUACCACAUGACUCUGUCGGACCCUUUUAGUCUGUCACCUCUAUGUUCAAACAGCACCAUGGACUCGCCCGGUCACUCCAGUCUAGCCGACAGAACAGUAACCAGGAAGACAUCCACCAAAAGAACUCUGAAUGGAUCCCCUUCGUCAGGCCUUUUGGCAAAGAAGGCUAAACGCAGAACUGACAGGCCACCGCUGGUCCAGCACAACACUGAGGAGAAACAGAAGGAGUCUGUCUCUCCCAUUCUACAGCAGCAUAACAAGACCACAGUGUGUGUCUGCUGAAAACACACACCAGCUGUUAUCUUUGUCUCCUACUGCUUCCUGUUUGGGAUGAUUGCAUCUCUGACAUUGUCACAGAGCAACCUUGGUUAAAGGUUGUGCUAAGUGUUUAAUCAAAUCCCACUUAAACAUUUUCUCAUCUGAUUUUUUUGCCUUGGUUUCCUAAAAUGCUGGUGAAGCAGUUUCGACGCACAGGGAGAGGGACGCUUGUAUCAGAAUGUUGGGCUGCAGCCAGUUCACCAUAAACAUUCUUGGCCUUACUGUGGUGGAGAACUUAUGUUUGCUCUUAAUAAUCCAAAUGACUUUCUUUACCUUCAGUGUUUGGUAUAUAGUGGAAAAGUCACUUAUUAAAAUAUGAAUUGAAGAGAA